CACACACACACACACAGAAGGGGAUUUCUGCUGCGCGUCUGAGUCUCGGCAUGUGUGAAAUCACGUCGAAGAAAGCCGCGCGCGUCUUGCGUAAAGAGCGCGAGCGCUGUCCGUGGUGCUGAAGUCCGGCACGAGCUCAAAGGGCUUUUCCCUGUGUGCGUGCGCGUGCGUGCGUGCGUGCGUGCGUGUGUGUGUGUGUGUGUGUGUGUGUGUGUGUGUGUGUGUGUGUGUGUGUGUGUGUGUGUGUGUGUGUGUGUGUUUGUGUGUAUACUGAAGCCUCGCCAUGACUCGGAAAAGGUUGCGGUGUGUAGCUGUGCGUGGAUUUUUGGCGUGGGAAGUGGCGCUUUUAGUGAGUCUGGUGGCCACAAAGGACCCUGAAAGUCCUCGGGGAAGAACCGUACCCAUGUCUCCCUCAGACUUCCUGGACAAGCUCAUGGGAAGGACCUCAGGCUACGAUGCCAGAAUUAGACCCAACUUUAAAGGUCCACCUGUGAACGUGUCCUGUAACAUAUUCAUCAACAGUUUUGGCUCCAUCGCCGAGACGACUAUGGAUUACAGAGUGAACAUCUUCCUGCGGCAGAAGUGGAACGAUCCACGCCUGGCCUACAGCGAGUACCCAGAUGACUCUCUUGACCUCGACCCCUCCAUGUUAGACUCCAUCUGGAAGCCGGAUCUCUUCUUUGCCAAUGAAAAAGGUGCACAUUUUCACGAAGUCACCACCGACAACAAGCUGCUGAGGAUAUUCAAGAACGGCAACGUGCUUUAUUCAAUAAGACUGACCCUGACACUUUCGUGUCCGAUGGAUCUGAAGAAUUUUCCAAUGGAUGUACAAACAUGCAUUAUGCAGUUAGAGAGCUUUGGAUACACCAUGAACGAUCUGAUCUUUGAGUGGCAGGAAAAGGGACCCGUGCAGGUGGCUGAAGGACUCACGCUUCCUCAGUUCAUCCUGAAGGGCGAGACUGAUCUCAGAUACUGCACCAAGCAUUACAACACAGGAAAGUUCACAUGCAUUGAGGUGCGUUUUCACCUGGAGAGACAGAUGGGUUAUUACCUGAUCCAGAUGUACAUCCCCAGUCUGCUUAUCGUCAUCCUCUCCUGGGUGUCCUUCUGGAUCAACAUGGAUGCUGCUCCUGCUCGUGUGGCUCUGGGCAUCACCACGGUGCUCACCAUGACCACACAGAGCUCUGGCUCCAGAACAUCUCUGCCUAAGGUCUCCUAUGUGAAGGCUAUAGAUAUCUGGAUGGCCGUGUGUUUGCUCUUCGUGUUCUCGGCACUACUGGAGUACGCGGCAGUGAACUUUGUCUCGAGGCAGCACAAGGAGCUGCUGCGCUUCCAUCGGAGGAGAAAGAAGUCAAGAAAGGAGGAGGAGGUACGUGAAAGCCGUCACAGCUACGCCCCUAAUGCAGGGAAAGAUGUCCCGAUGGCCAAAUCCACCAAUAACACCGGCUCUAACUCGCUCCAGGCCCAGGGGAACACUACCACCGCUAAGAGUCCAGAGGAGAUGAGGAAGAUCUUCAUUGACCGCGCCAAGAAGAUCGACACCAUAUCACGUGCCGGCUUUCCUCUGGCCUUCCUCUUCUUCAACAUCUUCUACUGGAUUCUGUACAAAAUUCUAAGAUACGACGGAAAUUCUAAGGACUAAACACGGAACAAUACCAGGAUGUCAGAAGAGACAUGAUUGAAGAUAGCUUCACCAAUCAUCUAAUGAAGAUCGUUGUACUGGGCAGCACCGCAGGAGAGGAAGAUGCCAACAUAGCUGAUGUCGUCAUUGAGGGAACUGCGGUACUGUCGGGAUGCAAGAAUCUUACAAAUGCCUGACUUCUGCUCAUGGGCUUCAUUUACUCCCUGAACUUGAGCUAUCCUUCAAAGCUAAGAAACACAUUUGAACUGUUUCAGAAAUUUUUUCUUGGACUGGAUGCUUUGAAAUUUUCUCCAAAAGUUAGUUAGCUCUUUGCAGAGAAAGCUAUUGAUGUAAGUCUGCUAGCUGGCCAUUUUGUUUGGCAUUGAGUGUAUUUGCUUUUGUAUACUUUUUGUAUUUGCUAAUUGUUUUUUAAGUGAGAAUGUCCGCAAAAGACUUGUUAAGCUAAAGUUGUACUGAACUGUUUCACAUAGUUUGUCCAUUGGUUUGAUCAUUUCUUUAAUAAAAGUACUCAAGGAAAA